GAAAACCGACACUUUCGUCAAAAAGUGUUUGGCUUUUUGAGAUGAAUAUGCUUUUCAAGUAUCUUCUUCUAACUGCAGGCUGUUUUGCUAUUUUCGUCUUACUGUAUAAGACCGAGCCGGUAGAUGAUAAUGUUACCAAAAGCAGCAGAACUCUAAUCCAGCCGAAGUCCUCUAAAAUCCAGCUGAAAUCUUUCAAACCAACGUUUUUCGAAGAAUGGAAUUCGUGCGUUGCUCAAAAGUUUUUGGCCAUUCCUAUGACCGCAGAAGAUUUUUGGGGGAGCUUUGAGAAGAAAUCUCGAGCGUGUGAUCAUGAUACAAAUGUUACUCAACAUCUACGAGCUAUUCCACUGCAGAAUUCCGAUGAGGUUAAAUAUGCAAUUUUGCCAGUUCGUAAAACUCCGAAUGAUGUGUUUGUAACACUUGGGAUUGGACAAGACAUUAACGCUGAGGUGAAAUUUCAAAAGGAAAUGCAAAAUAUUGGACUCAAUGUGUCUUUCUAUGGAGCUGACCCAAUUGUCGAAGGAAAUUCAGUGUUAUAUUCAACCAUUGGGAAAUAUUUUCCAUUUGCUGUUGGAGAGAAAGCUGGGUUUUCAACGGCCAGUGUACUUUUGGAUGAAAGAUACAUAAACAUGCCAGUAGUUCAUGUGGAUAUAUAUUACUUUUUGAAAGAUAUUCUUGAUAAAAACGUAAUUGAUUAUUUCUGGAUGGAUUCUGAAUACGCCGAAUAUGGGACUUUUGAUAUUUUCUAUGAAAAUGGAAAAUUGGAACAGUUGGGAAUUACUUUCUGCCAAAUGAGUUUGGAGGUUCACAGCCCGAGUAAAGAACAAAAGGAACAAUUUAUGAUAUUCAUUAAACGAGUGGUUGAAGAAAAAUGGUUUGGGUUCUUCUUCACUGAACAGGUUUCACACAUAAGAAUGUGGAUUUUCAAUUUUGGAAGCGAGUAUUGUGUUCACAAAUUCUUGAACUGAUUUGUUUUAUUUUUCGGUGUGACAUUUUAAGGGAAUUUUUUAAGAAUCAAUUCCACAAAAGCCCAUGUUAAUUUUAUUUAUUUGUUUUUAUCGAAUAAAAUUCACAUU